GACUGCAUGUGGUAGGGAGGAGAAGAAAGAUACGACGAAGGGACGAAACCGCGAGAAACGUAGUAGAUGAAUAGACGACUGUAUUCUGUCCACACACUCCGUCAUUGCAGUGGGGAACUGGCGGGCAUACAUCAUUUUGGGAUAUUUUGAGCAACGUAUCAUUUAAAUGCGCUCUAUGGAUUCGGAUAUUAUUUUUUCUACUGCUCCUUUUUACAACACUUUGGGUAACUUUGGACAAAGCAACACGAAGAAGAGCAAUAUAAAAAAAAUGCUCGGAAACUUUUAAACGAUUCUAAACCAAUCUAGGUACUUCUUAGGUUUUUCUCUAUCUUUAUAUGGGAUUUACAACCUGAGAAUUGAAUGAGAUAGUGCUACAGCUAAAUUUACUAGGAGCUUUUCCUUCAACUUCCCUGGUUAUGUUUAACAACUAUCGUGUGGCGCGCGUGAGACAGUCUGCCACGCUUUUAUAAACUAUGCGACCACCUGUCUUUUGUCGAACACCUGCAUUUUUAAGGCAACCUUAUUAAACUUUAGAGUAACUAAUGAAUGCCCAAAUACGUCAACCUGCAUGCUGAAAAAAAGCAAAGGACCCGAUGGACUGAUUUUAUUCUGGUCAAGUCAGAGAAGUGCCUCAAGCAAGGUUGGGAGAUGUGUGAAGGUGUGUGAGGGACGGCCAUGGGAUUGGAGAGACUGUGGCUUCUGGGUGUCACCACUGUUGUUGCCCUCUGUCUGCUGUGUACGUCCCAGGGUGUGGGGGCGGUGGUACGAGCCAGGGUUGGGGGGACUGCAGAGCUAGGUUGCAGUCUUAACCCCCUUUCUACAGGAGUAACCACCCCAAACUUGUUCCCACUGCACGUGGUGGAGUGGGUUCGUCUGGGUUACAAUGUUCCCAUCCUCAUCAAAUUCGGAGUGUACGCACCACGUGUGCAUCCCCACUACAAGGGCCGUGUGUCUCUGACCCGGGGGGCCUCGCUGCUGGUGGAGGGGCUGAGCCUGGAGGACGAGGGCUGGUUUGAGUGUCGCAUCCUGCUCCUGGACUGCACCACAGACGAGUUCCACAACGGCACCUGGACCUUCCUCUCCAUCACAGCCCCACCUGUAUUUAUCAAGACUCCGCCUACCUUUGUGGAAGUCCUGCUAGGGGACUCCCUGACCCUCAGCUGUGGUGCCCAUGGUAACCCUCGACCAACUGUUAUCUGGCAUAAAGAUGAGGCCCCAAUUGAGAAUGCUGAAAACAUGGUGGUGCUCAAUGGCACCUUAUCUUUGGCCCCCGUCACCAGAGAGACAUCAGGAAUGUAUAAAUGUCAUGUGUCCAACUCGGAGGGGAAUCUGACCCAUACUACCCAGCUGCAGGUCAAUGGUCCUCCACUCAUCAUCAUCGCCCCAGAGGACACCACCCUCAACAUAUCCCAGGAUGCAGUUCUGCAGUGCCAAGCUGAGGCCUAUCCCUCCAACCUCACGUAUGAGUGGUGGAAACAGGGACAGAAUGUCUACCAUAUCGACUAUCUCAAGACCCGUGUGAAGAUCUUAGUGGACGGCACACUCCUCAUCCCUAGUCUUGUCCCAGAGGACACUGGGAUUUACACCUGUACACCAACCAAUGGGCUGAUGACCCCACCCUCUGCCUCAGCACACCUCAAAGUCAAACACCCUGCUCGGGUGGGCCGGAUGCCCAGGGAAACGUAUCUACCUACGGGCAUGAGGGGAGUCAUCUUCUGCCCAGUCCAGGCUGAGCCCCCCAUGCUCUUUGUCAACUGGACCAAAGAUGGGAACAAUUUAAACCUUGACAAUGUCCCUGGCUGGAAGGUGAACUCUGAGGGCUCAGUGUUUAUAGCCACAGCCAAUGAUGAUGCAGUGGGCAUGUACACCUGUACUGCCUAUAACAGCUAUGGAACCAUGGGCCAGUCUGAACCCACUAAGGUUAUCCUGCAGGAUCCGCCCUCAUUCUCUGUGUCCCCUCGUGCUGAGUACCUGCAGGAGGUGGGCCGGGAGCUAGUCAUCCCAUGUGAGGCAGAUGGAGACCCCUCUCCCAAUAUCACCUGGAGCAAGGUUGGUCCCACUCCUCGCUCCACAUACACUGUGCUGUCCAAUGGCUCCCUCCUCCUGAAGCCUCUCAGGAAAGACCACCAUGGGGGCUGGGAGUGCCUUGCCACCAACCGCGUGGCCACUGUCAACACUGGCACUGUGGUCUUGGUUCUGGGCACCAGCCCUCAUGCUGCUUCAUUCGUGUCAGUAAGCACCGGGAUGAACCAAGCCAAUGUGUCCUGGGAACCUGGAUUUGAUGGAGGAUACACCCAGAAGUUUACUAUCUGGGUUAAGCAGGCUUCCAGAGGGAAACAUGAGUGGGCAUCUCUCCCAGUGCCCACAUCCAAGUCCCACCUUGUGGUGACAGGGCUGCUGGCUGGCACCAGCUACCAAUUCAGUGUCCUGCCUCAGAACAAACUGGGCUCUGGGCCCUUCAGUGAAAUCACCUCUGUCAGGACGCAGGCCCUACCAACAGAUCCACCGACAGUGAUCACCACCCUACCAACUAUCGACCCUCCCUCAUUCCUGUCAGCCAAUCAGACGGUGCUUGGGAUUGUUCUACAUUGGUAUGCUCCUGAGUCUAAGGCCACAUCCCUCACUGGGUAUGUCCUCCAGGCUCGGAGGAACAGAGGCCAAUGGGUCAUUCUCAACAGCGCUGUGAAGGCCAACCUGAGUGAACUACUCGUACAAGGAUUACUGAGGGACUGCAUUUAUGAUCUGAGAUUGGUGUCUCGCAGUAACAAGCUACUGAGUGAGCCCAGUGAGUCUGUCAAUGUGAACACCACAGGCAUGGAGAUGUACCCUGUCUGGCCAGGCUUCCUGGAGUUUGUCCCUGAGCCUUUAUUGGCUGGUGUGUUGGGUGGAGUGUGCUUCCUGUUCCUGGCAAUCAUCCUCUCCUUGGUGACAGUCUGUGUUAUGAGUCACAGAAGAGCCCAUCAGCGCAGGAAGAGGAGAGAUGAUCUCCCCUCUGCUUUCCAGAAGAGUCCUUCUCCAGAAGCUCGCUCGCCUUCUGACAGCCCUGACAGCGUUCUGAAGAUAAAGCUGUGUCCUCCCCUGUCUUUCUUCCCCAACUCCUCAUCUUCCCAGUCUGACCGUUCCUCCUUUGAUAAAGGCAGCCGUGGAGAGUACCAGGACCAGCGUAGUCAGCUCCUGUCCAGCUCUUCUCCCCCACCCCACUACACCAUCUUUGAGAGCCACCUGGGGGGUAAUGCCCCCUCACCCUCUGCGCUGGAGUCAAUCUCAAGAGGCCCAGAUGGACGUUUCAUUGUCCAGCCCCUGCUAGAGGGGUCUACUCUUUCCAACAUGAAGAAAAACGUGAAAACAGUCUUCCUACAAACCAAAACCAAUGGGGGAGAUAGCGGCACAGGGAGCAAUCAGACAUCUUUCAAAGACUCUCCAAAGUCCAGCAGUCUGAGCUCUGAGAGGGGAGAGAGAAAGGACUCCUACCUUACAGUGGAAGUUACAGACCUUAGCAAGCCACCUGCUUCCCCGGGUAGAGUGAGGGCCAUGGCCAGGAACUUCUCCCGUCACGGCUGCUUCUACUCUGAUGACGAUCAGGGCAUCUCAGAGGCUCUGCUGGAGAGAGACAGCUUCUACUCCGACAGCAGUGAGAAGAGAGCCUGUGACUCCCUGAAAAGAUACCAUGCUGGGCACCCAGAGGACAUCUUACCCAGCCUGGGCAGGAGAGCCAGACAGCUGGAGAGGGACAGGCAUCACCAAGCAGGCUACCAUACCAUGGGGAGAGCGGGCCAGCUGACCAACGCCAGCACACUGGUCUCACAGAUUGAUACAAGUGAACAAGAGCUGGAUAACCUCAGCAAGUGUCUGCAGUUGGCCAAAGAGAGGGAGGAGAUGGAGAGGGAGCUAGAGAACUAUACCGCCAGCCAGAAGGCAAGGGAGCGGGAGCUGGAGAACUAUACCGCCAGCCAGAAGGCAAGGGAGCGGGAGCUGGAGAACUAUACCGCCAGCCAGAAGGCAAGGGAGCGGGAGAAAGAGGAAAGGCAGCCUGAAAAGGAAGAAAGCCCUAACAGGGAACUGGAUAGUUCAGGGGCUGAGGAUCCUAUAUGGAAGCCACAAGACAUUACCUUACGUCCCAAAGCCCACCGGGCUUCCGGGCAGACCCAUCAGCUGUUGGACUAUAGGAGGGCCUGCUACUUUGGGAACACGAGCAGCCCAAUGGACCGGCUCCCUUCCUCCUACAUCCAAUGGGACAUCAGCCCAGUCACCUCUAUCAACAGCCUUAUCCCAGUGCAGAGCCCCUUAGAAAGCACGACACCAAGGGUCCAACAUCCUCACCAAGGUCACAUUGGGUCGGCCAUGAAGGACUCGCUACCUGAAGACUGCUCAUGCUCCCCAGUCACUCAAUGCACCACUCUAUCUCUGCUCUCCCCUACAUCAGAAAGCCCACCUAUUGGUCAAGGAACAGCCAGAACCAGAGCCAGGUCGAGGAAUCCUGACAGAACUGUAGUAAGAGAGCAGGACACGUAUCGUAGAAGCUCUAUGGUUGAGGAAGGCUGGAGGGAAAAGAAGCAACCAGGGGGAAGUGCCUUAAAACUAAGAUCGUCCUUUGCUUGUGGUACACAGCAUCUGGAGCCAGCAGCUGAAAGUGUCAGAUCUGUUUCAGCAGAUCGAGUAAGGGACACAAGUCCUGUUCAGCCUUACCCAGGCACUGCAUCAUAUAGUCUGUCUGAGAAAACAGAGACAAUAGAUGGCCUUAGGGAGAGAGUAAAUCAGAGUCCUUCUAGUUAUUCUACUUUGCCCUAUGAGCUCCACAAAGCAGGGGCCAAAGGGAAAGUGAUAGAUGAUAAGAUUGGGAAUGACCCUCGGAGUUCACUGUUAUACCCUGAGCAGGAGAGAGAGUGUGUCAGGACACGCUCCAGAAGGAGUGAUAGGGCACUUUUUAGUGACAGCCCCAGUCACAUUUCCCACUUAACUCUUCUGGAAGAGUGUGAUCGUGACCAGUCCCAGUUCUCUGUUGCCAGAGUCUCAGAGUCUUUCAAGAACAAGCAGACAAACCAGGCUCCCAAAAUGUCACCACUGCAGACAAGUGCAAUUCUGGAGUAUUUGAGCCUCCCGGGUUUCAUUGAGAUGAGUGUGGAUGACUCUGGGGAUGAAUCUGAACUCACAGUCACUACUUGCCAAAGCGUAGAGCCACAGACAGAGACUUCUCUGGAAGGUAAGCCAGAUGUGGUUCCUAAAGACUGGGCAGUUCAUGUGCAGGAGAACCUUGAGACAAGUUCAUGCCAAAAAAAAGUUUUUUUUUUAGAAAACAGACACUCUGUUGGUCAAGCAGGAACUUCAGAAGCAGUUGAGAAGCCAGCCUACAGAUACUCUCUGCAAGUGGAAGCAAGAGAUUCAAGCCACAAAGCUGGGAUUCCAGACUGGUCAAAAAAACAAUCACCUGGUUCAGUACUCACAGGAAGUUAUCAUCACAACCAUGAGCAGUCGCAGCCACUGAUUAGUCAAAAGACCACAGCCUCAGAGAGACAACUAUCAAGAAGGGGUAUAAGUCCAGUCAAGACGUUGGUUAGUGCAGAUAAAAGCAUGGCAGACGUUGUGUCAAAACACCCUGACACUUUUGCCGGUAAACCAGAGUCAUAUUCAGAACAAGCCCAAAGACUUCAUUCUCAGGGCGACAGGACUAAUAAAAUAGCCUCUAAGAUCCAUCAACCCCGUGCACCAUUUAUGAAGAAAUCUCUGAGCAUCGGCCCCUGCAGAACACUCUCAGGCAUGGGACAGCCUCGUCCAUUUCUGAAGAAGUCCAUCAGCUUAGGGUCACAGAGAUGGGAACAUUUUGAAAGCCCAAGGACUUAUGUCUCAGAGAAAUGUUACUGGGAUAAGUUCCCAAACUCAGACGUCCAGGUCAAGUCCUAUAGUUUAGGACGCACCCCUGCAUCCUCCUUCUCCAGGCCAGGCCCUUUGUGGCAAGAAGGUGUCCCUUUUAGACGGCCGAGUGUAAGCAGCUUGGAAAGGGCUAGGUAUGCUGAAAGAUCCCCGGAGAGGCCUCGGUAUGACAGAUCCCUAUCCAGUUCUUCCUAUACCUACCUAAGCUCCUCCAUGUAUCCAUCAAGUCAACCCCCUGGCUCUGCUAGACGAGACCUAUCUGAUCUGCGUAGACAGGCCAGUGCUUAUCCUGAUGCAUCCAGGUCACCUAUCACAUAUCAGGAUGCCCUGAGGUCUGUACAGCACAUAUAUGUCCCUAUGGAUUUCUCAAUACCCCAGUACCCACCCAGACCAGACAAGUACCCACCCAGACCAUGCAUGAGGGGGGACUACCCAAGGCCGAUAGAGUCCAAGAGGGGCCCACCGAGGCCCAACCUGCACCGGAUGUAUAGCUGGCCCUCACCCUACCAUGGUGGCCCUUUCCCACCCAGAGAUGUAGACAGUCAUAGACAAGCAGAGAGAAGGAUGGGUAAGGGGGCAGGGGCAGAGGUGGAGAUGAGCGAUAACAGGGAAAGAGGGAGGGCCAGUUAUGCCAGUCAGAGCAGUGGGAGAGGUAGCGUUGGCCUCCUUCGCCAGUCCCUCUCUAUCACUCCCACCCUUCUCAGCUCCCCAGAGACAACCGAGGAAAGUGAGACACAGAGACACAGAGCCGAGAUGGAUCUACUUGAGCAGAGAAAGAAAAGUAGGAACACAUCAGUUGAUGAGAGUUAUGAGUGGGAUUCUACUGAUGUCUGUGUGGACUCGGAAGUCCUGGAGGCCAUGAAGCCACAGGCAGUGGUAAGACGGGGCAGGGGGGAGGGCAGGCAUGAUCGACCCCGUUCUGCGGCUGGCCUCCAGGACCGCCACAGGAAUGUCAGUUCACCAGUUUCCAACCCACCUCGCUGCCAAUACAGUCGCUCCCUAAGUGAGGCGCGCUUCAACGCACUCCGCCUGGAGUACCAGGAGUAUAGGCGCGCUCAGGGAUCCUCCUGCACCAGUGAUCCCUGCCUCCCCUCCGACACAGACUCCAACUCAGCGCUCCUCUAACCGCCUGCCCACCUUGAUAUUUCAAAGAAAGGAAGCAAAUAGUUUCUCAGAUGCACAUAAUACAGCACUGUGGUCCUCGAUAAAUGCUGGAUAUCUUUAUUGAAGCUUCAUGAUACCUCAUUUUUUUAUAUGUACAAAAUCCAUAUCCUCAACAGUUCAACUGGAUCUUCUGUGGACAGAACAAUGCCAACUGACAGACCGGAUAUGCUGCUUGAUCAUAUGGCGCACAUUGUACACACCAAUUGCCACAGAUAUCAAUACUUGUGUUGUGUGCCAUCAUUAUUGACACAGAAUAAUACUUUGAUCUGUUUGAAGCCUAUUAUGAGAUGCUGGAUAUUUAUAUUUCUUGUGUUUUGUGUAAUCAACACAAACAUUAUUUUGCAUUUAGAGUCACCAAUCCCCAAGGGAAAUGGAUUGUGCUUUGAGUGAGCGAGGCUUCAUCUUUGUAUUGCAUUGUUACAGUAGGUAGAAACACUUUUUUUAAAUUACUUUCCCAAUUACAACCUUGUCACAGGUGAAUCUCCCUCAAUUAUGUGUUUGUAAUCAUCCUCAGUUUUCUCUGCAGAGUAUUUCAGACAGGAAAGUGUUGAGUGAUUGCUUGUAAGAGUUAACAGUGUAAAUGUGUACUGUAGCCCUAGACAAUUAAACCUUAUACUUUUGGUACCAUUCAAAAACUCAACAUCCUAAUACAUAUGAAAAAUAAUUCAUGCUGACAUUUCUUGACUUGAAUUUAAAAAUAUCUGAUGUUGUUCAUGACAGGGAAAGGUUGUGUAUCAUCUUUGCUUUACCUUUGUCAAAAAUAAGGUAGUUCACAAAUAUGGUUAAACAUAUUCCCAAAUUAAGCAUAUAUUAAAUUAUUAGAGAUCAAGAAUAACAAUAUGGUUUGAGAUUAAGUACCAUAUAUAUUUUAAUCAUUCUUUUUAUCUUUUGUACUACAAACACAAUUAGCAUUAUUGUAUAUUUAUUAACAUGGGUUUUGAUAUGCAACAAUGUUUACAUGCAAAUUCACAUCAUUGAUGUGAAAACCACACUGUGAAUAUACUCAGUUAAGAUUAAUUAUAUGUUGGAAUAAGAAGUCUCCAUUUAUUGUUGUACAUUUUAUAAUUAAAAAUGUGUCCUGACUUUUGUUAUGUAAUGACAAAACUGUACUUUAUACUGGAACUGUUUUACAGUAACCAAAAAAGGAAAAUAAAAAAUAAUUGAGGCCUGUACUAUACAUAAGGAGCGGCUGUAAAUCUGUACAUUUGGAGCACAUCUGCAUUUUUUAAAUACAUUUUUUUAUGUUUUGUUCCAACUGGGUUUAAAAAAAAAUAUCUGCACAUUUGGUUGUUCUUAAUGUCAUUUUUAUGUUUGUAUUGAAUAAAUUGUUUUAUCCUGAA